AUGGCUCAGCCUAAUUUCCAAAAUCUUUCAGCUGCGUUUGCAACUGCUUCCAACGAAAUUGCCUUGCUGCCAAAUUUGCCCGUUGUGAAUCUUGCAGAACAAAUACAACAGAUUCACCAAAUGUUGCAGGAGAUGCAACAGGGACUACAAAAUCUGCAACAGGGGCAACAAAAUCUGCAACAGGGGCAACAGCAAAUCCGGCAGGAUAUCUUACGCUCCGAUCGAAACAACUUUGCACGAUUGAUCAAUUCCUCUGUCACUCGUGCCGACACACCACUGGAACCGUUGUACGAUCUGGGUGGCCAGCUCAUCCAAAACUUUCCUCAGACAAGCGAAGAAAUCAAGACACUUAAUGGGGCAAUGAUUGACACUCUUCUUAAUUCUUUGACCUUGCCUACCAACGGAGCGAGGCUUCAAUUGGCAACGGCACAAGUUGUUUCUGGGACAGUCGAUGUCGAAAAGAUCGAUAAAAAAAAAGGGCAUUGUUCUCGUGUACACAGGCGUUAUUUCAUGUCGUUAGGUAUUACGAUGGAUACAUGA